CUCCCACGAAAACUGGACCUUUACGGAAGCGUUGCUUAAGAGAGGCAGGGUUUGCUGUGACUUGAGUCUGAGUACUUCAAGCCUUGAGGCGUCCACGAGGAAAUCGACUCUCAAAAUUUGCGCUCACGCCUCCUUGUGCUGUCCUUGAUCUCUUGUUCCUCUGCUAUUUUUUGUGUCUGGAGAGCCUUGAUCGAUACGGCAGGCUUUCUGCCAACCCAUGUAUCCGAGGGAUGUUCCCGUUGCUACCCAGGCGGCCCAAACGCCACCGCUUACUCCAACUCACGACCAGAUAGUCGUUUUAUAUGUUACCGUUGUUUAUGCCGUGGUUAUAUUCGGAAUCUGGAAUAUACCAGUUGCACGGACGCUAAUUAACCCACUUAAACUCUUUACCAUUGGGUGGCAUGAGUUUUGCCACAUCGUAGCGGCCAUCCUGACUGGAGGGACCAUAUCGUCGGUCACGAUCGAUCCAAAUUUGGGUGGCGCAACAAUUGUCGAGGGUGGCCGUCCACCAAUUAUACUCGCGGCAGGGUAUGUGGGAUCAAGCGUUUUUGGUGGCGUCUUCAUACUGGCUGGCUUCGAUUCUCUCGUCGCCAAAAUUCUGAGCUUUGUCCUUGGCCUGGGGCUUGUUACUCCGUUGGUUCUUGUGCGAGACAAGCUGACCAUUCUUCUCACAUUAUUCUACGAGGGUCUACUUGUUGGCUUCUGGUUUAUCGGACAUGCGCAAGCUCUUCGAUGGUACUGCUUAUUCGUUGGCGUCAUGAACACAUUCUACGUUAUCUGGGACUUGACAGAUGACAAGUUCUUUCGAAAAGCGAAUGAUUCUGACUGCACGCAGUUCAAUCUUAUGUUUCCACGAAUAUCUGCGCAUGUGUGGGCUUGUUUCUGGAUAAUGUUCCAAACAGGAGUAUGCAUAUCAUUUCUAUUCAUAGGAAUAGUUUCAUUCAAGCUAUCGACAGGGGAUAUGAAUACCCAAGCGGCUGUUUUUUUGCCAACAUAACAAUAGCACAACUCCACGAGUACGAAAAUCACUACACUUGCACUCGCUUAGAAUUCACGGGCUUUUGUCGUUCACAUACGGACUUGUACGAUCGGAGAGUGGUUCAAUCACAUGUAUCUUUGCUGCACCAUUUGCUCCGCCCAGUAUCUAUACCACACAUGACAAUGCGGAUUCAUACCAUCAGUGACAAUCAUUGUUCAUAUUUCUGAAUGCAUUGUGCUCAUCUUCGUAGAACGGUCGCUAAAUUAAUGUAACUAUAGCUCUCGCACACACGAUUCACUUUUAAUAUAGCUAUGCUCAUGUCAAUAACGCCUGUUUUGUCGACUGAGCUGGAGGUUGGAACCAU